AUGUCUGAUGAUAAGGAUUCGAAGGGCGUUGAGGUCCGGGACUCGAAGGCCAUUUCUGACACCGAUUCAAGUAAUGUCGACUCGCCUAAGCAACUUGAGAAGGCACCAUGGUGGGCGAUAUUCUGGGACAAUGACCCAAACCGGGAAGUUGGAGAAAGGAAAUUCCUCCACAAACUUGACAUGUACCUUCUGACUAUCCUGUCUCUUGGCUACUUCAUCAAGAACCUCGAUCAAACCAACAUAGCGAAUGCUUACGUCUCCGGCAUGAAAGAAGAUCUCAAGAUGAACGGCAACGAAGUGAAUCUGAUCGAUGUCGCCUGGACUGUAGGCUACGUGAUAGGGCAACUUCCAUCACAAGUCAUCCUCACCAAAGUACGGCCAUCGGUAUGGAUUCCAUGUUGCGAGCUAGUUUGGACAAUUUUGACAUUCUGUCUUGCCGCCGCAACAACCAGUAAACAGGUAAUCGCCAUUCGAUUUUUAGUUGGUUUGGCGGAAAGUAUAUUCUACCCAGCGGCGCACUUCUUGAUUGGAAGUUGGUACAAGCCUAGCGAGCUUGGUAAACGAGCAUGUAUAUUCCACGCUUCAUCCGCCGCCGCCGGCAUGUUCUCUGGAUACCUGCAAGCCGCCGUGUACAAAGGUCUCAAUGGAGUUCACGGGAAAGCGGGAUGGCAGUGGCUUUUCAUUAUGGAUGGGGUCAUUUCAAUACCAAUUUGUCUGCUUGGAUUUUUCCUCAUUCCAGAUCUUCCCGAGAACUCCCGCGCCUUCUAUCUCACCAAGGACCAUCGCGAAUUGGCGAAAACACGAAUGGAAACCAUCGGUCGCGCACCAAGAAAGAAGCUCGGAUGGAGUAUUAUCAAGAGAGUUUUCACGAGAUGGCAUGUCUAUGCUCUUUCGGUUCUUUACAUCAUCUUCAUCAACAGUAGCUAUAGCAGUAGUGUCAACCCGUUCUCUCUUUGGCUCAAGUCUAAGAAGUACUCGGUAUCCCUCAUUAACAUCAUACCUACCGGCCAGUCUGCGGUACAGCUUGUCACAACCGUCAGUUUCGCGAUAGUCAGCGAUUACUUCCGAAACAGGGCAGCAGUGAUGUCGUUCGCAGCCUGCUUCGGCCUUUUCAGUGCACUAGUCCUCGCUAUAUGGAAUAUCCCAGUGGGUCUCAAAUGGUUCGCAUUCUUCAUUCCCAGAGCAGGUGUAGUCUAUGGUCCACUAGCCAUGUCUUGGGCAAAUGAGAUCUGUUCUGGAGACGCCGAGGAAAGAGCUAUGGUUCUUGGAAUUAUGAAUGCUGGUGGCUAUGCAUUCAAUGCUUGGUUACCACUCUUGACGUUUCCAGCAAGAGACUCGCCGCGUUUCCGUAAGGGUUUCAUCUGGUCGACUUGUGCUUAUAGUGCUCAAAUUGGAAUGGUUGGUAUUGUGGCUUGGUUAUGGAGAUGGGAAAAGACGAAGUCGAAGAUUGUGGUUGAAGAGGAGCCUGCGAUUAGGGACGUGGCUGAUAUCUGA